GGUUUUGGGCCCUGGAGUGAGGAGACUGUAAGGGCUAGGCAGCCCCCCUGGCCCCAGGCUCCCUUCCCUGCAGGAUCACAGGCAGGCUUGGAAGAGGCUCCAUACCCUGAAGAUGAAAAGCACCAGGUCCCUGGCCACCUCCUGGCCAGUGGCGGAGAAGUGGUGCUGGGACACAAACAUGGAGUGGCCGGGCCUGUCUGGGAGUCCCUUCUCAGCUACACCUGCCUCCUUCCAGGAUGCUGUGCGCACACUCAACACCCUGCAGACCAAUGCUGGUUACCUGGAGCAGGCCAAGCGCCAGCGGGGUGACCCCCAGACGCAGCUAGAAGCCAUGGAGCUGUACUUGGCACGGAGUGGGCUGCAGGUGGAGGAUUUGGACCGGCUGAACAUCAUACAUGUCACUGGAACCAAGGGGAAGGGUUCCACCUGUGCCUUCACUGAACGCAUUCUCCGGAGCUAUGGCCUGAAGACAGGAUUCUUUAGGUCUUCCGGCAGCUCUCCCCACCUGGUGCAGGUGCGUGAGAGGAUCCGCAUCAAUGGGCAGCCCAUCAGUCCUGAGCUCUUCACCAAGCACUUCUGGCACCUCUACCACCAGCUGGAGGAGACCAAGGAUAACAGCAGCUGUGCCUCCAUGCCUGCCUACUUCCGUUUCCUCACACUCAUGGCCUUCCAUGUCUUCCUCCAAGAGAAGGUGGACUUGGCAGUGGUGGAAGUGGGCAUAGGCGGGACUUAUGAUUGCACCAACAUCAUCAGGAAGCCUGUAGUCUGUGGGGUCUCUUCUCUUGGCAUCGAUCACACCAACCUUCUAGGGGACACAGUGGAGAAGAUUGCAUGGCAGAAAGGGGGAAUCUUCAAGCCCGGUGUCCCUGCCUUCACUGUGCUCCAGCCUGACAGUCCACUGGCAGUGCUGAGGGACCGUGCCCAGCAGAUUUCGUGUCCCCUCUACCUGUGCCCACCCCUGGAUGCCCUGGAGGAAGGGGGGCCACCUCUGAUGCUGGGCCUGGAUGGAGACCACCAGCGGUCCAAUGCUGCCUUGGCUUUGCAGCUGGCACGGUGCUGGUUGCAGCAGCAGGACCACCAGGGCAUCGGGGAGCUCAAGAGCUCCAGGCUGAGCCUCCACCAGCAGCUACCUCUGGCCCCUGUGUUCCAGCCCACUUCCCGCAUGUGCGAUGGGCUUCGGGACACAGAAUGGCCUGGCCGGACUCAGGUGCUACAGCGUGGGCCACUCACCUGGUACCUCGAUGGCGCACACACCUCCAGCAGCAUGCAGGCGUGCGUGCGUUGGUUCCACCAAGCUUUGCAAAGCCACCAGAGGCCGGGCAGUGAGCCUGAGGUGCGAGUGCUGCUCUUCAACUCCACUGGGGACCGGGAUCCUGCUGCCCUGCUGAAGCUGCUGCAGCCCUGCAAGUUUGACUACGCUGUCUUCUGCCCGAACCUGACUGAAGUGUCAUCUAUGGGCAAUGCAGAUCAGCAGAAUUUCACUGUGACACUGGACCAGGUGCUUCUCCGCUGCCUUGAACACCAGCAGCACUGGAGCCGCCUGGAUGAAGGGCAGGUGGGCCCGGACCUCUGGGGCACCCCUGGCCCUGAGACUGCUGGACCCACAUCCCUGCUGCCCACCCCCUGCCCAGCCUCCACCCACCGCUCCAGCUCCCUCGUCUUCAGUUGCAUCUCCCAUGCCUUGCAGUGGAUCAGCCAAGGUCGAGACCCGGUCUUUCAGCACCCCGCUUCUCCACGGGGCCUCCUGGCUCACCCUGUGGCAGAUAGCGGGGCCAGUGUGCUAGGCUCAGCCGCCGCCAUCCACGUGCUGGUGACAGGGAGCCUGCACCUGGUAGGUGGCGUCCUGAGGCUGCUGGAGCCCUCAUUGGCCCAGUAGCCCAGGCCAUGGGGUUGGCUGUGGGAUUUUUCCACACCUGCCCUGCGUGCUAACCACAAACUCCUAUACCAGGUGCCUUUUGCUUCCUGCUUUCCUGGUUCUGUCUAGACGGACCUAGGGGCCUUGGUUAGGACCACAAACUUGAGGGUUCAAGGGAGGUGGGAGGCUGAGAACGGACAUCCUCUAUCUCAAAGCCUAAGCUCCCCCUGGCCUCUCCUUCAUCCUGGCGGAGACUGGCAGGGGGCUUCCCGCUUCCCCAACUGUUGUUGUAGCCGGCCUGUCGGGCCAGCCCAUGUCCCCUCUGACCCUGCCUGCUUCCUGGCUCAGGCCCAGCUUAUUGUGUGAGCUGCCUGGUCAGGCGGGGGUCCUGCUGGUGCUGGUGGAUAGAUUUCCUCUUCCCUGUGGCCUUCUGGGAAAAGAUUGCUCCCCCAGCUGGGGGUGGCUGUAGUGGAUUAAAGCCUUUAACUUUUUUUUUUUUUU